AUGGCAUUCUUAAACCCCGCCGUCGUGGAAGCGGUCCGAGUGGUGGUGAGGCAGGCCACCGAGGUCGCCGUAACGACGGCCCUCUCACAAACCCCGAUUAUCGCGACUCCAAGCCCCGCGACCGCACCGCCCGUCACUUCGGCCACCUUGACCUCACUAGGUCCUUCGCCCACUGAUAGCAGCACCCUGGCCAAUGGCGGCCCCAGUACUGGAGGAGAUUCGGGGGGCGACAGUGGGGGAGGAGGAGGCGGGGGAGGUGGGGGAGGGGGUAACUCUUCGUCGCUACUGUUCUUCGUCGCUCUCGGAUUUGGUGUCGUGUUCACGAACCUUUGGAUUAUCGUUGGCGUCAAGUAUUGCUUUAGAUAUAAUGCGCGAGCCCGCCAGAUGCGAAACGAAGAAGGGGAGCCGAUUGGCAUGGAGGCUGUGCCUCGCCCGCACCGCCGUCGGAGAGAGAAGAAGUUGAUGCCGAUCGACGAAGUGAACGAGAAAUUCCCGAUGGUCAAAUACAAGUCUUGGGUUGCGAGCCGCGCGCAAGAAGGACUGCCAACACGAGGUGGUGUAUCUGUUCCCCAGAGCCGACCAAACAGUGUCCGCGACGCCGAGGGUACGAUUCGGGAAGCUUCUCUGCGGGAGCGCCCGUCAACCGACGGCCGGCCGACGACUAGCGCGACGGCGACUGGAAUAGCGAUGGAACCCACAUCUGAAACCACGGCGGAAAAUACCGAGAAGCCCCCAGUCCAAAGCCCUCGCCACGUCCCCAAGGAGAGUACAUCGAGUACAGUUGCCGGACUUCGUCGAGCAUCAACAGAUUCUAACCGCGACCCUGACCCCGAUACGGCUGUAGCAGACAAGCACCUUAGCCAAAUUUCCCAUGACGAGGAUGACGAAGACGAACACAUCGAUGCCGCUCUGCCGCCAGAAUGCCUAGGAACGUCGGGUGACACGUGCGCUAUUUGCAUCGAUGCCCUCGAGGACGAUGACGAUGUGCGGGGCUUGACCUGCGGCCAUGCUUUCCAUGCUGCCUGUAUUGACCCCUGGCUGACGACAAGGAGGGCAUGCUGCCCAUUGUGCAAGGCCGACUACUUCACUCCUAAGCUCCGCCCUCAGGCCACCACUGAUGGCGCUGAUGGUCAAACGCCCGUGGUCCACGUCACGGUCACUGCCAACGCACGCAACAACCGGAUGAACCUGCCUGGUAGACCGCGACCGGCCUUCUUUAGCUUUGGGCGGACAGACCAAAACAGACGGCCGACGGCAAACAGGUCUCGGCCAAGAGAGACAGGGGGUUCAGCCAUUCCUGGUCGUCAGAGAUCAAGGCCGAGCCCCGCUUCGCCACCACGCGACGCAACACCCGCUCAAUCUGGGGCCAGCGGCCUGCUUUCCAACCUCAGAAAUGCGAUCCCAACUUUCCGAUUUGGUAGAGGCCAGUCUGGUCAGACCGACCAGACCCAGCCAGACCCAGCACCCUCCAGUGCUGUCACCCCAUCGCAGCUCGAAGCCGGGGUUCGAGCUGCACAAAAUUAA